GUCAUGCUGCACUUUUGGGUCGAAAGAAGACGAAUCCAAAAGAGCGAGUCGUGAAUUGAGCCAAACCACGUUUGCUGCUCCACGUUUUGGUCCUGACCAAGUGUGUAUUUGUCUACAAAUGGAUAAUGGAGGCUGGGACCAUAGGAUGACUACUCCUAUUACCUUAAACGUAGGAGGUCACCUGUACACAACCAGCUUGUCCACACUGCAGCGUUAUCCUGACUCCAUGUUGGGCGCCAUGUUCCGGGGAGACUUCCCAACAGCUCGCGACUCCCAUGGAAAUUACUUUAUUGACCGCGACGGGACACUUUUCAGGUACAUCCUGAACUUCCUGCGGACGUCGGAGCUAACCCUCCCGGCUGACUUCACAGAGACAGAUCUGCUGAGGAAAGAGGCCGACUUCUACCAGAUUGAACCCUUGAUCCACUGCCUAAGCGAUCCCAAGCCGCUGUACCCUACGGACAUCUUUGAGCAGGUUGUGGAGCUUUCCAGCACACGCAAACUGUCCAAAUACUCCAACCCAGUAGCCGUCAUCAUCACACAGCUAACCAUAACGACAAAGGUCCAUGCUCUGCUCGAGGGCAUUUCCAACAACUUCACCAAGUGGAACAAACACAUGAUGGACACCAGAGACUGCCAGGUGUCUUUCACCUUCGGGCCAUGUGACUAUCAUCAGGAGGUAUCCCUGCGAGUUCAUCUCAUGGACUACAUUAUGAAACAAGGCUUCACCAUCCGUAACACGCGUGUGCACCACAUGAGCGAGCGGGCCAAUGAGAACACAGUAGAGCAUCACUGGACUUUCUGUAGACCGGCUCAAAUCGUUGAAGACUGAUUUAUUGUUGCUGUGUUAACUUGUGAUUUCAUGGUAAAAUUCCCAUACACAUAUCAUUGCAUAAACGGAGUAUUUUCAAUUCUUCCAUAAGAAUGUUGUCGUUGUCCACAACCAAUUAAGACUGUAUUUAUAGACCCACCCACUUCAUACUAGAGGUAAGAUCGGGCCCUAAAAUGUCAAUCAUUGUUUCGGGUUCGGGUCAGGCUUCUAUCUCGCUGACUUUAAAAAAAAUAAAUAUAUGUUUUAAAAAAUGUGUACUCAAACGAUGUGUGGAUACUAAACUAAGGAAUACUUUUUUUAAACAAACAAUUUGGAUAAAACAGAAGGCGCUGUAAUGUAAUUGCUAUUUAACUACUAAACAGGAGCGCAGACGGUUAGACGCUCAGCAUUCACUGCGCACGUGUCACACCAAAUUACAGAUGAUGAAAAUUGAAACUUUUAUGUUAAAUUUAUUUUAAACAAAACUAGAAAUAAUUUCAUAUAUCUUUACCUAUUUAUUUGAUUUGAAGCCUAGUGGGCUGCAGGAUUUCUCUGCGUAAUUAAGCAAAUGCACAUCAAGAUCUCUCUUUGUCUGGCCUCUUAUUCUGUGUUUCAGAGUUAUUUCGUUGUGCAAAUGCAUUUAUCAUGUUCAUAAAAAUAUGUAGAUUAUUUUAACCAUAAGAAAUCUUGCGUUUUUUUCUGUCAAAAAUACUCACAAAUAAAAUACUAAAUUUCGGGUUUGCUUCAGGCUUGUGCCUGCAAAUCAAGUUCAUUGGUCAGGCUCGGGCAGAUCUUACCUCUACUUCAUACUGCCCAUGUGUAAAACCAGUAAUACAGUGAAACUCCUCUACAACGAAAUCAUGUUUGCAGCAAGAACAUUUUCACAACAGGGGGCUUUUCACUGGAGCAUUUUUUUAAUGUAAACACACACACACAUACACAGUGAAUCUCGUUCCGAGGCAAGAGCAGAGAAAAAUAUUUUGUAUAACGGAAUAGGGGGACUUUUCGUUGUAGGGGGAGCAGAAAAAUGGGAAUGGCUUUCAUGCAUGAACAUUUUUUCAUACAAGGGGGUAUUUUUGACCAUGUAGGUUUUGUUGUAAAGGAGUUUCACUGUAGUAUCAAAAGAUGAUUACAAAGACAUGACUGAGAACAUAGUGGAGUGAGGAUUCAAAAAAGGAUUCCUUAAAACAAACAAACAAAAAAGAGCCAUGAUGAAAACUUAAGUCACAACACUCUAUGUGAUACAAGUGUUUGUACGUUGUACAUUUUGAAAUGAGCAAUAUGUCCUGCAGCUGUUACUCUGCAACAAAGUCAUGUAUGUCAAGCAGUGAGUGAUGACUGCUGCCUGUGCGUGUAUGCUGCUAUACAUUUGACUUGCCUUUGUCUUGAUCUAUGAUGCUUUUGUUCAGAGGCUAAAUAUAAACGCACUCAGAAAAGGGUACCAAGUGGGAUGCUUGCUUUCGGCUUCAGCAACCUUCUUGCGUUAAAGAGCUCUUGGAGUCUUACCUCCUGGUGGAUUGUUGAAAAUUUGCAUUUUGCCUCCCAAGUUGUUCUGUCCAAAAAAGGGGAAAAAAAUCAUACUGAUUCUUGUUCCCAUUUCUGGUGAGCUCAUGGUGGAGUUUAAAAGAAAGCCCCUUCGGUCUUUAUAAUCGUAAUGGUACUUAUGUCCCGUGUAGUUGUUGCAUGUGUUUAAUGUAUGUGUUUAGAUAUGUGUGUACAGUUUUGUGUCAUGCUGUUACAAUUGCCAUCAAUAAACCCGUUACUGGCAAUAUGUAAUUUUAUGCCUUUACCUUACUUGCACUUCAUGAAUUUAGCUUGUGUAUGAAUAAAGUACCAUCAUUCGUC